UUUCCCUCCCCCAAUUUUAAACCUCUCCUCUCUCGCUGUCUCAGUAGAAAAGAAAGUAGUCCCCGAGCCGGGAGAGCUCAAACAGAGGAAACACAGAACGGAAAAUUGAAAAUCAAGGAGGAGGAUAUAGAAACGGAAAGGGGGUUUCAACAAGAUGAGGAGAUUUUUUAGUAGGGGAAAAGAAUCUGAUGGUUCACCAGAAUCCUUGCCUCAUUUUUCCCCGUCUACGGUGCCGCAGUCGUCACCGGUGACGGGACCGGCGAGGCCGAUUCGGUUGGUGUAUUAUGACGAGAAGGGGAAGUUCAGGAUGGAUCCAGAGGCAGUGGCCGCUCUUCAGCUUGUCAAGGAACCAAUAGGCGUAGUCUCCGUGUGUGGUCGUGCAAGGCAAGGAAAGAGCUUUAUCUUAAAUCAGCUUCUUGGGAAGAGUAGUGGAUUUCAGGUAGCAUCAACUCAUCGACCAUGUACAAAGGGGCUUUGGUUGUGGAGUGCACCUUUGAAGACAACUGCUCUUGAUGGAACUGAAUACAAUCUUUUAUUGUUAGACAGUGAAGGAAUAGAUGCAUAUGAUCAAACGGGUACAUAUAGCACUCAGAUAUUUUCAUUAGCUGUCCUGUUAUCUAGCAUGUUUAUUUACAACCAGAUGGGAGGUAUAGAUGAAGCUGCUCUUGAUCGACUUUCUCUUGUCACCCAAAUGACAAAGCAUAUUCGCGUAAAAGCCUCUGGAGGAAGGAGUUCAGCCUCUGAACUUGGGCAGUUUUCCCCCAUCUUUAUUUGGCUAUUAAGGGACUUUUAUUUGGAUUUGGUGGAAGAGAAUCGGAAGAUAACUCCCCGUGACUAUCUAGAGCUUGCUUUAAGGCCAGUUCAAGGUAGUGGAAGAGAUAUAGCUUCCAAAAAUGAGAUCCGAGACUCCAUUCGAGCGUUAUUCCCAGAUAGAGAAUGUUUCACCCUUGUUAGGCCUUUGAACAAUGAAAAUGAUCUCCAACGGCUCGAUCAGAUUUCGCUGCAGAAAUUAAGACCUGAAUUUAGAUCCGGGUUGGAUGCAUUGACUAAGUUUGUUUUUGAGAGAACAAGACCCAAGCAAGUUGGGGCUACUAUCAUGACUGGUCCUGUUCUUGUUGGUGUCACCCAGUCUUACCUUGAUGCCCUUAAUAAUGGUGCUGUGCCUUCAAUAACUUCAUCGUGGCAGAGUGUUGAAGAAGCUGAGUGCCGAAAAGCAUAUGAUUCGGCUGCUGAGUUUUAUAUGUGUGGAUUUGACCGUAGGAAGCCACCCGAGGAAGUUGCAUUGAGGGAAGCACAUGAAGAAGCAGUUCAAAAAUCAUUGGCCGUGUAUAAUGCUGCUGCUGUAGGAGUUGGUUCGGCAAGGAAGAAAUAUGAGGAGCUUCUCCAUAAAUUCUUCAGGAAGGCAUUUGAGGAUUAUAAGAGAAAUGCAUAUAUGGAGGCAGAUUUGCAAUGUUCAGUUGCUGUGCAGAGCAUGGAAAAGAGACUGAGAGCAGCUUGUCAUGCUUCUGAUGCAAAUAUAGAUAAGGUUGUGAAG